AUGCGUGAAAUUAAAAUUGUGACUUCGAAGAGCAACACCCUCUAUCUAAUUGAAGCAAGCUCCAAACCACGUUUCCAAAUAGAUCUUUCCAUUGGUAUAUUCAACUCCAAAGUUAACAAAGGUACUAAAAAUAUCACCAAAGAAAAGGAGAAACUGUCCUUUGAAAUAUUUUACGACAAGGUGUACACUUUUGUGUGUCCGUCGCAAAGUGAGUACGAUGAUUGGAUGAGUACCCUCCCCAUACUUAUGAAGGUAUAUGGGACUUAUAAGUAUCCCCUUGCUUGUGCAGUGAGUAAGUCUGGGUGGAGAUUCCCCCUCCCGAUAUACAGGGCAAUUGAGUAUUUGAUGAACACCAAAGGGUAUUUGACGGUCGGGAUAUUUCGAACAAGUGCUUCAUACAAAGACACUGGUCGAGUCAGACAAAUCUUUGAUGGGGAUCAAGACAUCCAAACACCCGAGUUCAAAUCAUCAGAAAUAGCAGCGUCCAUUAUCAAAGAAUAUUUAAGAGAACUCCCAAACCCACUUAUCCCCUUCAAUUUUUACAACGAUUUUGUUGUUAUUGGAAGACUUGGAGGAAAGAACAAAGAAGCUGAAGCUAAGAAAUUAGUCGAACGCCUUCCUGAAGUCAAUCAAAAUACAUUGUGGUACUUGUUGUAUCUGUGUAACGAGAUUGCACAGAACGCUUCUGAAAAUCAGAUGAAUCCAACCAAUAUUGGUACUUGCUUGGGGCCAACUGUUUGUCGAGCUCCUCCACAAGAUGCAAUGAAAGAAAUGGAAAACACCAAAUUAGUCAUUGAUGCCUUUGCAACAUUAGUAUCAUCAUACUCCUUCAUAUUCUCAAAUAUCGCACAAAACAAUGUCCAGCUUGGAGUCACCCCUCCACCAUAUCCAGCUGUUAUCCCACACCCAGCAGCUCCCUACGAAAAGGUGACUGAAGAAAUUCAAAAGGAAGUCCAAGAACGACAGAAGCGACUUGCUGCUGGUAAACCACGGCAAUCCGCUAUUUUCCACUUCGGUAGAAACCCAUUGAUGGAGUCGACAGUCGAUGGGGCUGAUGUCGUUAGAAAGAAACUCGAAAAAGCAAAUGCAGUUGGACAAGUUGCUGAACAACAAAACUCUAAACCAACAACUAACCCACCCCGUCCAUCUUUCCAAGCCCCAAGACCUCCAAAAUCACCAGAACUUGUUGACGGCCAUAGAAAAUCAUGGAACGCUAAACCAAAAGAACCGCCAGCUAGUCUGAUGCAUCCACAACAACCAGAACAGGAAAUUAUCCAAAUCCCACUUUUGAGGCAACAAGACUUAGAUAAACUUACUAAUAAAACAGAUGGAGAAAGACCAACAGUACCACCACCAAGAAAAUCUAAAAAGGAUGAAGACAAUGAAACUAAAAUAGCAGAACAGGAACAUAAAAUCGAGGAGUUACAACAUUUGGUCAAGAAGCUGUAUUCAAGACUCGAAGUUCAAGAACAAACUAUCCAAUCUCUUGUCGAUGGUAUUAAUGAGUAUUACAACAACUAUGACAACACUCAGGUCCAAACACAAUAA